GCUCAUGGACGAGACCGAGAACAUACGACCUAUCUGUAACUGAUAUAGUGUUCAGCUUCAGUCACGCAGGCUGUGAAGGCACUAAAGAUGUUGAUUCAUAUUGAAUAGCACAUCGAAAUGAGAAGUGAAGACCGAUGAAGACUCAGUGAUGCCGUGCGAAAAGACAAUUUAUAGAUAGUGUGGCAUGAGCAAUAUAUUUCAAGAUGGAUUUCCUUUCAGUAUCAGGAGCACGAAUGACACUAGAAAGAAAAGAUGUCCAUCGUUUAAGUAAAUCGAAAAGCAUGUAGUAUCUCACGGCUGAAUUGCUGCUGCUCUGAGAUUGGUUUCACAUUCGCGAGGUGGAUUGCGUCUUUAUACGAGUCCUCCUCUCAGUCGUAGGGUCGCUCCCUCGAGAACGGCAAGUUGUUUGAGACGCUAGUAGGCGACCAAGCAAUUCGUGGGUGCUUCCAUCGGAUAUCGACCUGACUUUUACCGCUUAUAAUAAAUCGGAGGUCCGAAAGCGUGGGACGGGUAGUUGUAGGGAAAUUCUGUCGGUUCUCAUCGACAUGUGCAAGAGCAAGCACCUCUAAGCAUGGAGUCCAGGAAUCACCGCCAGCAAGCCGAGGCGUCCGAGUUCUCAACCCAGAAGCUGCGCUAGUUUUCGACAUUCAAGAGUGGGGAAGUCGACUACUAUACAAGUGACUUCUAAGGAGUAUGUGACAACGACGAGACCGCAUUCACAGCAAGAUCAGCUACAUCAGCUCUAAAGCGGCACAACUGAACUCAUUCGAAAAGCGAUAAGGAAGUAAUAAGUACAAGGGAAGAUGAGAUAACGCUACCUCUCAAACCGACUCCUGGGAUGGAUUAGUGGCAGUAGUUGUACUAAGAACAACGCACAACUCGAAAAUGAACAAGCAGGCGAACGUAUUCCUCCUCUCGUAUGCCUUCAACCAGGACUACACGUGUUUCAUUUACGGCUAUUACUUGCGAUUAGUGAUUGCUCCAAGUACACCUUCUUCUACGAAUGCACCAGAAAUCUAUGACCUUGCUUUUUUGAGGACGGUAUGUAUUGAAGCCUCUACCUCUAAGGUGCCUGCGGAACAACACAAGGCUUUAGGGUCUACACAAUUAACCCUUUGGCAGAGGUGCAUCGUCGUGAAACUGCAGCUAACAAUGCGUGCGCUCUGGUCUCGAUGCUGUACAAAACGAACAUCUUCCCUUUGGUAUUUUUGUCUAGCAGAAAGAAUAACUAUUGCGGGCAUAAUUAACAGUUUGGUGCCCUAGCCGGAAGCGACAGCAUAGCCCCAGGCGCGUCUCUAUUCACUGCCGUGUGCGUCUUUAUUCAUGAGAUGGCGACCGUGCUCCGGCUGCGGCACUUAUCUGGAGGAGCUGCAAAGCCCCGCCGAAGCGGCGGAGCGUUUCAGGACAUGCCUGCACAAUGGUGGGCGAGCAGCGCCCGCCGGGUGGGCUCGUUAGCAUUCGCAGACAGCGAGGACGCGCGCUGUGCCCGACGGGGACUGUAUGGCCCACCGCGCUACGCCCUCCACAGAUCUGGCUGCCCGUAUUUGUUUCGCCGCGUGCUUCACUCACAAAAAGCCCGCCACGAGUGGCCACUUUUAAGCUGCUCGAAAAUGGCGCGGGCCAUUCUCUUCGCUGUUAGCGACGCCACAGGUGGCGCCAGUGUCUUAGUUUAGUCGUGGCGGCUGCCUUGCGCUCUAACGAGAUCAAUUGGCUUGGCCUCCUCCGCGUUGCGCUGGGCGUUGCUGUUCUUCUGUCUUCGUUUUCGAAAGUCUGCAAGUUCUCCUCCCGGGCGCCAGCGUCUCCGGCCGGAAAGCCUCCGGGCCUUGUUUGCUUUGUGUUCUGAAAGCUAGCAAAGAGCCGAACAACUUGAGAGGACGCCCCGCAACGCCGCACCAGCUGCGGCCAGCUCUUUAAAGUCUUGGCUUUUUGUAAACCGCAACCAUGGGAGGCCCCCAGGGGCGCCCUCGCUCUGCCAGAGGGUUUCUGGCUGAGCAUGGUGGCCUCUACGCCUCAGCCUUGCGGGGCCUUUUUCAUAGGUCAGAAGAAAGACAGAAACCAAACGGGCAGCAUGCUUCGGGAACUGGCUCCAAAGCCAAGAGCAGAAAACGCGCCCACAACAGCAAGAGCGGCUGCGGCAUAUCUUGAUAUAGCCGCCGUCAGCGUUGUGAGGUUUUUCAAGCGAAGAAGUGCCUCGCGGAAUGCUUGGCAGAAAGUGCGCAGGGGGUGCUGGUGGCUGUAAGGUGGGCAGCAGCUCCGCCAGGGCGGUGGGGUCUUCGCCUUGUGUGGGCGGUGUCGGCUGGGUGGCGGCGGCUUUUUCGCCAUCUAAGUUGCCUUGCGUGGUCUGUCUGUCAGCAUCUUGCUGCUGGAUAAAAUUUCGGAGAGUCACGGGGGCCCUCGGAGUGCUCGGACAGAAGCAGGCCAAGACGCUGCCUUUUGUGUGCAUGCCUGCAACUACCAACGGCGGAGACGAUCAGGCACGGGUGUGGCUGUCUUGUGCUUCGCUUCUCAUCUCUCGGGCGGUGGAGGUGGUCGGGCGUCUGUGGUCUUCUUUCUGCAGCAACUCAGUCGGGCGGUGGUAGAAAGACCUGGCCCGCCGCGUCAUGCGUGUGGGGCACGCAGGCACCCGGAGGGGGAUGGGAAUGGCGUGGCAGCUCGCUGCCCAAAGCGAUAAUCGCCGGCGCCGUCGGUGGUCGAUUAGAAAGCGCUUGGCUUACCACGCGUUUGUUUGAGACGGGCACCCUGCGCGCGGGUAAAGCAAGGAGCUGGUCUUCGUCGCUGAGAAGGUGGCAGGCGAAAGGAGGCGGGGGGGCGUGAUCCAACUACAGUGGCCCCAGCUACUCAAUUAGGCAGCGGAGGACUUCGGGAGGCGUCGGGGGGUCAGGCGGCGAGCUUGCGCCCGGUAUUUCCCUGUAGCUCCUUCAGUUUGAUGGCCCUCCCACGUGCGUGAGGAGUCCAUAUUUACUCCAUAACAAAUAAAAGGUUCGCGCAUUGGACCCGGCAAGCAAUCGGGUACAAAUUUGGGACGAUAACAAACAGCAGAUGGUUGGCGAGUUGUCAAACCGGCACGACGUAAAGUUAUGCAAGUAUCUAUGUGCGUAGUAAUUUUCGAAAACAUCAAACUCGGCUGUGAAGAUCUUUGAUUUUGUAUAGCGACGUCUUUCAAACAUCGGGACACGAUCCAUUCUUGUCGAGGUCGGAAAACCAUUAGUAGCGAUGUGAUUGUGACGAUGGGUAAUUGUUGUUCUUCUAAUUGGUGGCGUCGUAUUGCGAAGGGACGUUAUUGCAAUGGUCUGCGAGUAUUCUGUCUAUCUCUACACAACGGACGUGCUGCGCUUGAUACUCCAUGUGGCGACUUUUAUGACUCCUGAUUGGGGUUGAGCAGUUCUAGUCUCUCUUCAUAAUUCGAUUGCUGAUUAUCUCAACGUUUCAGUUGAAUUGCGUCCUACUACAACCACUUCUGCUUCUUCUAAUACUCCUUGCAACCUUCGGGGUCUUUGCGCGCUCUCGCCCAAGGAAAAAACAUGGGUGCUGUGCUGUCCAGGACAAACAGCUGGUUUAAUCUUUUGAUUCUUGCUGAUCUUCUUCUACCGAAACGAUGGUGCAGAUCAUGCUAGCAGUUAUUUCAACCUGCAAUCAAACAUACAUGACACUAAUAUCCGUAGUAAGUUUUUACGAAAUUUAUUAGGUACGAUCCGAGUGCAGCACGGACAGGUGGAGGAACAACAGCUGAUUUCAUGCUUAUGGCUCUAACGAACACUAGAAAGACCUAGAUGAGUGCAAUCGGAAGAUUACUACAUUUCACAGUCGUUUCUAACUUUCGCAAAUCAGACUUCUCACGUCUUCACGGCUCACCAAAGCUCGCUGGCUGCCCUCAGCGUAAACCAGACCGGAACCCUCGUCGCAAGCGCUAGCGAACAAGGUACUUCUAACUUGUUAGUUGUAGUAGGAAAUUUUGAUUUUUUAGAAUUCCCUAGAAUGUCAUUUUGUUAGAUCCAAGAAUAACUUCCUGAAAACCCAAUGAUAAAAGAAUUUGUGCCCCUCCCCAGGAACGGUCGUGCGCGUUUUUCAGACAUCGAACGGGCAAGUGCUUCAUGAGCUAAGGAGAGGUUCGUCUCCGUGCCUUAUCUCAUGUAUCACUUUCCGCGCGGACGAUAAGUAUCUUGCGGUCGCCUCAAACUCGCCAACGGUCCAUAUCUUCCGCCUAGACGAGCAGCAAGAUUAUGUUCUGAGUAAAAUUAUUAUGUUGGUUAUGUACUCGUUGAAGAACAUCUUCUUCUUCUUCGUGAAGAUCUCUAUUUUUCUGACUUGUCUGAAGUAACGCUCAGUUGUCAUCAAAAUUUUCGACUUCGGUCGUGCUUGAUGAGAAAACAACGGGCAGCAAGAUUAUGUUCUGAGUAACAAGAUUAGAAACACAGAAGGUCACUUUUGCUUGUUUCGCUCGACUUUCUAAUUUUCAUCUGUAUCGACUUGUGAAAACGGCGGGGGAGAGGGCCAGCCUGUUAGACAGCCCUCAGAGCAGAUCGGAGGCGCACGGAGCAGCGCGAGUACAUACAUCAUUCGUUUGAUGUUGAUCCUCCGCCCCUUGCUUGAUGUCGACUUACUCCGCCCCUUUCGUCACUACUCACUUUCCACAUCUGACCAUGAUUAUCAGCAACCAAGUAGUGCCUACCCAUAAUAGUACAACCAGGUCCACCCGGAGCAGCAGGCGAGAGCGUGAAAGACCAGAUAGGGCAGCUUUUCAAUACCGGCAAAGAGAGGAUAAAAGAGCUCACGGCGCAGGCAGUAUCAACGGCUGUAGAUCAAUUGAACAAUAUUAAGGCUAGUGCAAGUACAUGAAUCCAGCAUUCUUGGCAUCAUCUCUUAUGUAGCAUCAACUUCACACUAUCAAUCAUGUAGCUUCAAUCUUUCAUCUUAUCUUUACCCCUACACUGUGAUAGAUAGGUGGAUCAAUCUUUCAUCUUAUCUUCACCCCUACAGUGACAGUGUGAUACUUUCUUCAUCAUCUAAGAAAACCAGCGAACUAAAAGAAACGUGGAAAAACGCUGUGCCAAGAUAUUUCCUUGCAAGUAGAAGCUACGCUCAAUUCCGCGUUCCUGACAUGGCAUCGAAUGAAGAUCCGUAUCAGGAUAGGCAACGAUAUCCUGACUUCAGGGCACAGCAAAGUGGAAUACGUGGAGCACUUGUUUUUAGGAAGGAUACGGUUUUUUGCGUUUGGUCGUGCAUUUGCAUUGUUGAGUGUAAUUUGAAUUUGUAGAACUUAUUUUUCAUCAUGAUCUUCUAAUCCAUGCUUCGGCCCUCCAGAGAAGGAGAGUUUUUUUGUCCUGCACUACAACGGUUUUAUCUAUGAGGUAGCGUUGACGGGGAAAGCAGAAACGCAGGAGUUGGACCCCAAACUUAAUUAAGGCUCAUCAAUACAAUUCAGUUCUAGGUCUACACGGCAUUUGUUUCUCCCUAUGUAUUAUAAGUCUUUUCUUAGGAGGACAAUUGGGAGAAUAAAUACAGUGCACAAGAAAUGAAUUGUUUUGAGCUCUAACUUAAUCCUAUGUCACCUGGAGGGGACAUCAAAACACCAGGUGCGGCCACGGCAGGAGCUCCUGCGACACGCGCAAGAACAACGCGAGCGAGCUCUUUAGCGUCAGCGCAGUUGCCAGCGGAUGCAGGUUUUUUCUUUUACCUCCUGUUAGACCUUAUUGUUGAACAUUGUCUUCGCUAAAAGAUUGUUUUUUAGAAGAAAGGAAAGGCCUGUAAUAGACCUACUACCAGUAUCAAUUCUACCUGCUCUUAACGUUGAUGGUCGCAUUACAAUUCACAGGAGCCGCGAUGAAAGAGCUGAUGCCGGGAGUAAAUGUCGGCACCCGUUUAGUCCAAGCACAAACCUGGUUUGCGUCUAGACCAGAUUUUCAGAUGCACAAACAGAUAAUUGGCGCAGACGAUGAUUCUGAUUUUAUGAUACCCACACUCGACCAAGACCAUAUUACCACCAAGCAAGAAGAAAAAGUACUUAAUCUAAACUUAAAUCUUACUGCUAGUGCGUUCGUCUUCCUACAUUAUGACAUGCAUCACGGGGAAGCUAAGUUGUAUUUUUAAGGAGGCUCUAAUGAUUGGCAGCUCAUUUGA